AUGCCUCCUCAACAGUAUUCGUUGGCCGAUGUUCUGUCCAUCGCACAGAUUCAUCCUUUCUACCGGGCGGAUAUCCAGUACCCUCCUGAUGCGGAUGCCAUCCACCAUGUGCUCUCAUCUGCGACAAAGCCGCAGGGCUCUGAUAUCCUGAUCCAGCCGCUUUUAGAGAAGAAGUCUAUCUACCAGGCCGUGGAACGACUUGUCCAAGAUACCAGUCUCGAGAACACGUACCGUCGGAGCUCCUAUCUCAGUAUAACCGGUGGUGGAAGUGGAGGGCAGCCAAUGCUGUUUGCGGUCGAUGUACAUGAGAAUCGUCAACAACGUCUGGAAAUGGGACGCUUUCUGCGUCUUUGUCGAAUCGUUGAACCGGAAGACUGGGUGAUGUCUACUCACGCGUCUGGUGGAUUCUAUCGAUCCCUGGAUCUCAUGACAGAGGUUAUAGAGAACGCCGGGGCGACAGUCCUCAGCGCAGGGAAUUAUAUGUCUCAGCAAGACUUGAUUCAAGCUCUGAUCCACUUUCACGUUACCGUCUUAACAGGGGAUGGCAGCCAGGUGGUGCAGCUUGUCCAUAGCAUCUCCAACUUGCCUCCUGACGAACGCGGUCGCCUCGCCCUCCGUAAGAUUAUUUAUACCUCGGAGCCUCUCACCAGGCCCCAACGCACGCUCAUACAUAACACUCUCCCGCAUGCUACCAUUUACUCUGUCCUGGGAAGCGCGGAGGCCGGACCCUGGGCUAUUGGUAAUCCUGAUCUCACCGGUCACGACGAAGAUGGCACUGAAGCGAGCUUUAUCUUUGACACUCGCAAUAUGCACAUUGAGAUCCUGCCCCUGUCGCUUAUGGAUAACCCGUCACCAUCCCAGCUCCCGGUUCCUCUGCCCUUGGGGACGCCAGGGAUCAUCGUGCAGACGUCUCUGCAGCGACUACGCAACCCUCUCGUCCGGUACAUCACCGGCGACGUUGGAUCGCUCGAGCCUCUCCCAGACUUGACCGCGAGCUUCAUCCCGGACACAGAGCGGCAACAUCUCCGGAUGCUGCGCAUGCGCGGACGCGACCGUCGGUUCAGUUUCAAAUGGUACGGCGUGUACAUCGAGUUCGAGAAUCUGCGCAAGUUCAUGCAGACGGCCGAGUUUGCCAUUGUUCAGUGGCAGGUUAUUCUAGAUCGAUUGCCCGAGAGUCCCCAGACCACUCUCGAGGUGCGUCUUCUGACAGCGCCGCCUGAGGACCAAAAGGUUGUACACGAGGAGAAGCUAUCCAAGGCUGUGGGUGAUUUCUUCUUGGCCUUGCCGGAGAACAAACACCUUUAUCGGCUUGUAUUUGUGGAUAGACUGGGUGAUUUUGAACGAAGUAGUACGGCUGGGAAGGUCAUUAAUUUUGUAGAUCGGGUUCAUCAUAAGGAUGCCGUAGAUAUGUUGAAUGGUCAACGAUAG